AUGUCGCACGGAGACAAGUAUCCUGGCUCACCGGAGAGAACGAGGGAGCGCUAUCUACCCAAGCUGGCGGCAUCCAAGCCGUGGAUUAGAACAUCCCCCGCCCCGUGGCUCAUCCUGAAGAAUGCCAAGGUUGUUGACCCAGCAACGUCGACCCUCUUGCCUGGCUUGCACACCGUAGUCACCAAGGAUGGUCAUGUCUCUGCCGUCGUUCCUGACGAGUACGCCUAUGAAUUCAGUCAGGAGGAGGAGACUGUUCCUCCUAUCGAGGUUGACCUCGCGGGGAAAUUUGUCUGCCCGGGAUUGGUGGAUUGUCACGUCCACAUCACAGCAACGCCUGGAUCGAAGUCACUAGCUGAAUUGGCUAGAGAACGGCAGGAAGCUGUCUGGUUCCGGUCCACGUACGCCUUGCGAGAGAUGUUAUUACGUGGCUUCACCACCGUGAGGGAUACAGGCGGUGCCACGAAGACAUUAGCAGAUGCCGUCUCCGAAGGUCUAAUCGUCGGACCCAGGGUUGUCCAGUGCGGACGAGGGCUCUCGCAGACAGGCGGACAUGGCGACAUCGGCAGCACAUGCUGUGGAGGCGGACAUGGACACAUGAUUGGCCGCGUCUGCGACGGCGUACCCGACGUACUCAAGGCCGUGCGCGAAGAACUCAGAGGUGGCGCUGACUUCAUCAAAAUCCAUUGCGGCGGCGGCGUCGCGUCUCCGACGGUGACAACGGCGCACGCGUACACCGAUACGGCGGUCCUUCACGCAAUCAACAACGGAGUCACCGCGAUCGAGCACGGGAAUCUCAUCAGUGAAAGCACUGCUCAAAUGCAAAAAGGAAUCUUCCUGACGCCGACACUGUCCUGCUACGGCAUCAUGGUUCGUCCGCCGUUUGAAGACUACCUUCCUCCGGAGGGGAAAGCCAAGAACGAGCAGGUCAUGGCGAAAGGGCUGGAUGCCUUGAAAGUCGCAGACAAGGCGGGCGUUGUGAUCUGCUAUGGCUCAGACCUGCUCAACAACUUACAGGCACUGCAGACAGAAGAGUUCACAGUUCGUGCGGCUGCGCUUCCUGCAGCCAAAGUCCUUCAGCACGCCACGACCAACGCCUCGAAACUGCUGCGGGACUCCAGACUGGGCACCGUGUCCCCGGGGAGCUACGCCGACAUGCUCAUCCUCGACGCGAACCCUCUUGAGGACGUCCGCAUCCUCGACUAUCCGGAAGACCACUUACUCGCUGUGAUCAAGGGCGGUGUUGUGUUCAGCAGUAGGGUCGAGGGACUACCUGUGCAGGGUGUAUAUUGA